CACACACACACACACACACACACACCGGGAGCGGCUCUUUUAUCUCCCAGCAGCUCCAUUUACCGGAGCUUAAAUCGGUUUGUACCGGGCAGGAGGGAGGUUCAGUGACGACGCUCAACUGCACGCGGUCUCCGGUAUUUUUCUACCGACAGGCGUCGCAUCGCCGUGACUCUCUGUCUGUUAGAACCGGGACUAUCUGUCUGUUAGAACCGGGACUAUCUGUCUGUUAGAACCGGGGCUGUCGGUAUUUUAACGUCACGUCGUGUCUACACCAUCUCCGUUUUUGGAGGGGAGGAUGAUCUGCGGACCUCCGUGAAGCCAGAGGAGCGAGCCGCCGCUCGGGACGUGACUGGACCGGAGGGUCGGUGCCGCCGGUUGGAGGAGGAGGUUACCGGACAGCAGCUGGAGGAGCUCCGCAGGCGGUGAUGUGAUCAUGAUGCUGCCAGUCUCCAGGGUCAAAGGUCAACCAAUUGGCAUGGUAACCAGCACCACACCCUGGUUGUCCAUCAGCAGUGACCCCGCCCCUCAGUGGUUGUGGAUGGCCAGCUGGUCAACAGCCACAUACCAGGCCACGCCCCCUCCGGUGUUCUACCCUCCAGCUGUGUGGGUACCUGAACACACACACCUGAUACAGUGGGAACAUCCAGCAGUUGAAAUUGUUCCUCUGGUUCCACCGUUCUACCAGUCUUCCCAUUUUCAUCUUCAUCAUCCUCAACCCAAGCUCUCGGAUGGGUGGAUCUCUCCAGAGGAAGUGGGCGUGUUCUUGCGGAGAGACAAACCUCUGCUGCUGACCAAUCAGAUGAUCCCGAGACCAGGUGGACAAACCUCCAGGUCCCGCCUACUGCUGUGUCCGUCUCGACGCUCAGAUCGAAUUAGGAGACACGCUAUGAAGCCCAGAGAUCCUGAACCAGAAGACUCUUCAUCCUCGUCCAUCUUAUCAGUGUCUCCUGUCCACCUGCCUGUCCUCACUGCUCCUCCUCCAACAGGUGGAGCUUAUUGUGAGUGGGCAGGACUUCACACACAGAGACAUGAGGAGGCUUGGCCAAUCAGCGUACCCAAUCAGCAGCAAAGACAGGUGUGGAUGAAGCCAACGAACAGCCACAACAGAAGACUGUCUCCACCUGUAAAGCAGUUUGUAUUUAGACCUGUCUAUCCAUCUCAGCUGUGCAUUGACAGGUGGCAUGCCUUACCUUUCCAGGUAAUCAAAGAAGUCCAACCGUCCUUCCUUUCAGCCCAGUUUUCUUCCAGAUUCACUCUGGUGGCCGAUUGUAGACACAACAAGCGAGGGAUGGGUGGAAGGAACGUUUCCUAUGGAGGAACGUUACUGCUGAGGACGGAAAGAAAGUCAGACGACAAUAAACAGUGUGUUAGUGUGUCCGUACACAGAGACGAGGAAGACGAGGAGGAAGGAAGUGAAGAAAGAAGGAACGACAAGCGGCCUGUCGCCUCUACUCCUGUCCCAGGGUCGCCAUGGUGUGUGGUGUGGACCGGAGAUGACCGGGUGUUCUUCUUCAAUCCCACAAUCCACCUCUCUGUCUGGGAGAGACCAGGGGACCUGAUUGGUCGAGACAUCAGCCACAUCAUUGAAGACCCACCCCACAAGAGAAGGAAGCUUACACCUGUUGACAGCAGCUGCCAGUCAUCUGGUCUCCAUGGAGACGACGACGAUGAUGAUGAUGACCAUAAACACACCUCCAAGAGGAACAGAAUAGAGGAGUCUAUGUCUCUCGUCCCACAUCCAGGAGAAGUUAAGCUCCUCCCACUGGAGCUUCGGAUCGCUCAUUUUCGGGAGAUGCUGCUGGAGAGAGGGGUGUCGGCGUUCUCCACAUGGGAGAAGGAGCUCCAUAAGAUGGUGUUUGACCCUCGAUACCUGCUGCUGACUUCAGACCAGAGGAAACAGGUGUUUGACCAGUUUGUGAAGAGCAGGGUGAAGGAUGAGUACAAAGAGAAGAGGAGUAAACUUCAGAAAGCCAGAGAAGAAUUCAGACAGCUGCUGGAAGAGGCAAAGAUCACCAGCAGAUCAACUUUUAAGGAUUUCUGUGCUCGUUGCUGUGGCGACCAGCGUUUCAAUGCCCUUAACAGGAAGAAGGAACAGGAACUUCUGUUCAACCAUUACAUCACAUCCUUGAAGAAAAGAGACAAUGAGAACAGAACCAGGCUUAGGAAGAUGAGAUGAGAACUAUUCUUCUGAGAGAACUGAACUGUACAGAGCCAUCGAGAAACCCUUCAUUCCAAAACCUUAAGGAACAUUUAGAAAACCUUCUACAGCAUUCUCCCCCUCCACACUGAACUGAUCAUACACUGGAUUUCAUUGGUGGAACCUGGUUUCAGACUUUCUCGGCUAUGUUAGAGAAACCAAACUGGGACUGGAAUCUCAAGAGUGGGAUACUUGCAUCUCAGUGGUUCUACUGUUUCUGCAUUGUGUGUGUGUGUGUGUGUGUGUGUGUGUGUGUGUGUGUGUGUGUGUGUGUGUGUGUGUGUGUGUGUGUGUUUAAAUAUAUAUUUUCAAGACAGGACAUGGAUCAGCACCAUCAAUGUAUUUUAUGUGGUGAGCUGAAGCUAACUUAGUCUUACUCUGAUAUUUAAAGAACUAAACCAAGAAAAACAGGACUGAACUGGACUCAAACACAAAUCAGUGCAAAAAAUGUAUCUGUGCUGUCUGACAAUCUUUAUUGAGUGACCAGACCAAUCAGUCAGACUCAGUACAGCGCUUUCCCUACAAAUUAGUGUACAUUUGAGACUAAUGCACGUGAUAAAUUCUAAAAAAAAAUAAAUAAAUAAGGUUAAAUCCAGUUAAAACCAAUACCUGCAGGGGCAUCAUGAAACAGAUCAGGGGAAGUCAACACAUUUAUAACGGGAAUAUAACUAAGAAGAGGCAUGGCACAUUAGUCUACAUUAGCUAAACACUGUGACUAUUUAGAAUGAAGUCAGUGAUGUUCAGCUUGUUACCAGGUAGCAGCAUGUCUGGAUGUAUUAGUCAGAAACCAGAUAGCUCAGUCCAAAUGGGGUUCUGGACUCUCUGAAACCUUAUACUGUUGACCUCAACCUGUCCUCCAAUUCAUACGACCGCAUCGGUCGUUUGCAUCGUGCACCGGAAUACGACCUAUGCGGUCGUAUGAACGUUUGCACCCCUAUGGGGAAAACGAACGCAUUACGGGAUUUAAUUCGCGAAACGGCUUUUCCGUCGCAAAACGGCUUUUUUCUCACUUUCCCAACACGUUUUUAGGGUUAAGGUUAGGGUUAGGGAUAGGGACAGGGAUAGUGUUAGAUAAAAGUUUGUUCAUGGUGACGUUUCACCUGCGACUCCAGAGUGUCGAUAUUUACUCAACCACCAGAGGUCGCAUAGUCAAAACGUAACACUGGGUCGUAAUACGGGCGUGUACAGACGACCUAUGUGGUCGUUUUUGGUUUGAGGACAGGCUCGUUGACCUUGUCAGCAGUGCUGAAGGGAGACAAACCAGUAACCAGUUUUAAGGUGCGCCAGGUCAUCGUUGGCUGCAGUAGAGUCCAGACUCUCUACAGGUGUCAUGAUACCUGAUACUUCAGUAGACUCAGCUUCUCAGCAGAUCACAGCUAUUAACACACACACACACACAAACACACAGACACACACACACACACACACACACACACACACACACACACACACACACACACACACACACACACACACACACACACACACACACACACACACACACACACACACCUGUUCAGUGUAAACCCAGUCACCUGAUUAUCUUCAGGUCCAAUGUGUGUUUUAAAUGAACAUAUUUGUCAACAGGAGGCUGUUGUCAGCAAACACUGUUGAUGUGACGUAAGUCCUGCUCUUCACUUGUCAGCAUAGUGAGCUGUGAUUGGACAGGUCUUUUGUCCCCAUGUUCUGAUUGGAUGUUUCUUUGUGUCUUGACUUCCCAGUAGAUGGUGUCUAUGUUGAAAAGAUCUUUUUGUUCUGAUGUUUCACCAUCUGUUGGUCAUGACGUGUUUGAACAAUUAAAUACGUGUUGCUGCAGUGUUUGUUAGUUAAGUCAAGUUUAGAGUUUGGAUUUGAUUUUCCUCUCAGACAAACUUUUGAGUCAUAAAAACAGAAUGUGGCCAAAUCUAUGUCCUGGGUUAGUUUAGUGCAGGUCAGUGUCCUGACUUUAACCCUCCCAGUUGCCUAACCCUGCUGAUGCGUGUGCAUAUGGUCAGGGCGUCAAGGAAGAAAACUUGGCUGAGUGUUCUCCUGCAUUUAUUUUCUGCAGAAGAGAUUAAAACACAUUAAUCGCCUUCUGGUCACCUGUCCUUAUACACUUUGCUCCCUCAGCAAUGCAAUUCAACACUGUCAAACAUUUUUAAAAGUACAUUUUCAACAUCAAAUGUCAUAACAAUGCAAACAAAUCAAAUACAGUACAAAGAACAAUGACACCAGGGGCCUGUUUCAUGAAGCAGGUUCAAGAAACUCUGAUUUUCUUCCACAACUCUGAGUUGAUCUACUCUGAGAUAGAAAACUGAGUUUUCGGUUUCACAACGGCUGAUUUGAGUUGGUUUAAUUAACUCGGAGUAGUUUGACCCGGAGUUAAGCGCGUGCACCGCAAGUCUGAAAAGACAGCAUCAAUGGAACCCCGAUUCGACGAGUCACCAUGGAAACGGGGAAGUUUUUGAACUGGAAGUUUUUAACGCGCUCAUAUGGCGAGUUUGAACACGUUUUUAGAAAGAAGUGCAACACCGCUGCAGCUGUAAAAGAGAGAGAGACGGCGUGGAGAACAGCCCGGAUCAAUGCGUAAGUUUAAAUGUAGUCCUUUGUAAUCGUAAUAAUAUUACAGGGAAUAACUGUCUGAACGGUAGAAUAUUAAGUUAUUUCAUUUAGAGGAAAUCUGGGGAGAAGCUUAAGAUGAAAUAUAAAAACAUUGUUCAAACAGGUCAGACCUCGGCAUUAUCUCAUGGAGGUACUUCAUGUUGAUCAUGUUUUACAUUGUAAAGUAGCCUAAAUAUUAAGUGGCUGUUUGACUGCAGUUGUUUUAUCCACACAUAGCCUAAAUGUCUGCAUCCAUAUCAUGUCCUGUUAAAUAAUUAAGACUAUUUAAACUAACAUAGACUUCUGCUCAGCCAACAGAAAGAAAGCAGAUGUCUGUAAAACGGUGGAAUAAAAUGUCAUGGAUACAUACAUAUAUAUAUAUAGAUAUGAUUAUUUAGUUUUCUUUUGUGUCUUUUCUUGUCUUUUGGCCCCUUCACACCACAGACCUUGUAACUGUAAGUAGACAACGCUCCACAGAUUUCUCCAAAUGGUAGUUUAAGUUUACUGAAACAUGUCACUGAUCUAGGAUGAAGAGGAUGAAACUGUGUCUGCUGCCUUUACAGAGGGGGAUCCAGAAAGGCAUACAGAGCUAUGUUACUGAUAGUUCUCUUCUCAUUCACAUUCUGGGUGGAAUAUAGAGUGUGACAUUUAGCCUACACUGAAGUGUUGCACAUUCUCAUCCUUUUUAACAGAGCAUGGCUGGACAGCAGCAGGAUGGUUCCUCAGCUUCCACUGCACAGACUGACACAGUGAGAUGGAUGUUCAGGAAACACCAGAGCUUCAUUCUGUGGAAUUCAUGUGCAACUGUAUAACUGAAUGUCCUCUAUGUAUUCCCAGUUAUCAGUAAAACAGAUUUACAAACUGCAUUUGCUGAGAAGAAUCCAAAAAACAGAUUAGGAGGGCAGAUCUGGAAACUGAAAUAGUGGAGCACAAGUUAGAGGUGGUGAUGGUCACAGGUGAAUUAUGUUAACUACUGGAACAUGAACUGAACUAUCUUUUAUUUGUAGGAAAUAAAGAAGAGCAAAUGAAA